AGUCAAUAUGCAUUCAUUUAUUAUUAUUAUCAGCUGCCAGUGUUGAAUAUCAGCAAACUCACUCAUAUUUUACUCACACAAUUCUAACUAGUUUAUUUACGCAUAUAUAUAAAAAGGCCAACUCCCACUAAGAGUGUAGAGACAGCCACCAAACUUGAAGAAGAGAUAAAAAAUGGAGUCCUCUCCUCUCCUCGCCGCGCUCUUCUUCAUCGCCGCGACGAUAACAUUCCUCUCCUUCCGGCGCCGGAGGAACCUCCCUCCGGGGCCGUUCCCCUACCCGAUCGUCGGAAACAUGCUGCAACUCGGCGCCAACCCUCACCAGGUGUUCGCGAAGCUCUCAAAGAGAUACGGCCCGCUGAUGUCGAUCCAUCUCGGCAGCCUCUACACCGUGAUCGUCUCCUCCCCGGAGAUGGCGAAGGAGAUCCUCCACAGGCACGGGCAGGUCUUCUCCGGCCGCACCAUCGCGCAGGCGGUGCACGCGUGCGACCACGACAAGAUCUCCAUGGGGUUCCUCCCCGUGGCCAGCGAGUGGCGCGACAUGCGCAAGAUAUGCAAGGAGCAGAUGUUCUCCAACCAGAGCAUGGAGGCCAGCCAGGGCCUCCGCCGCCAGAAGCUGCAGCAGCUGCUCGACCACGUCCAGAAAUGCUCCGACAGCGGCCGCGCGGUCGACAUCCGCGAGGCCGCCUUCAUCACCACGCUCAACCUCAUGUCGGCCACGCUCUUCUCCUCGCAGGCCACCGAGUUCGACUCCAAGGCCACCAUGGAGUUCAAGGAGAUCAUCGAGGGCGUCGCCACCAUCGUCGGCGUGCCCAACUUCGCCGACUACUUCCCCAUCCUCCGCCCCUUCGACCCGCAGGGGGUCAAGCGCAGGGCGGAUGUUUUCUUCGGCAAAUUGCUCGCCAAAAUCGAAGGGUAUCUCACUGAGAGGCUCGAAUCGAAGAGGGCCAAUCCCAAUGCGCCAAAGAAGGAUGACUUUUUGGAGAUAGUGGUUGAUAUUAUUCAGGCCAACGAGUUCAAGUUGAAGACGCAUCACUUCACCCAUCUCAUGCUGGACUUGUUCGUGGGAGGAUCAGACACGAACACGACCUCGAUCGAGUGGGCCAUGUCGGAGCUAGUGAUGAACCCGGACAAGAUGGCUCGACUGAAGGCGGAGCUGAAGAGCGUGGCCGGAGACGAGAAGAUCGUGGAUGAGUCGGCGAUGCCGAAGCUGCCGUACCUGCAAGCGGUGAUAAAGGAGGUGAUGCGGAUCCACCCGCCGGGCCCACUGCUCCUCCCUCGCAAAGCGGAGAGCGAUCAGGAGGUGAACGGCUAUCUCAUCCCCAAGGGAACUCAGAUACUCAUCAACGCGUAUGCGAUAGGGAGGGAUCCGAGUAUCUGGACCGACCCGGAGACGUUCGACCCGGAACGCUUCCUCGAUAACAAGAUAGACUUCAAGGGCCAGGAUUACGAGCUCCUUCCGUUCGGGUCGGGUAGACGGGUCUGCCCCGGCAUGCCGCUCGCGACCCGGAUCCUGCACAUGGCUACGGCGACUCUGGUUCAUAACUUCGACUGGAAACUGGAAGAUGACUCCACGGCGGCCGCCGAUCACGCCGGCGAGUUGUUUGGGGUGGCCGUGCGCAGGGCAGUUCCGCUUAGGAUUAUGCCAAUAGUUAAAUCUUAGAUUUUCCGAUUUCUCUUGCAAUCGGCUGAAUAAAAUUUCCAUAAAUUGUAGUAUAUAUAACGUUUCAUGUUUUGUACUUUUAUUUUGUGAUGAAUAUAUAAGAAUAAUUUGAUAAA